AUGUUCGCCGAGGCCGUCCAAGACACUGGCUCCUUCGAGCAUGCGGACGUCCACAACCGGAGUGAAGUCGGAUUGGCCGGUGCAGGAGUCAGGGCCCUAGAGGACGCCCCAGAGGUGUUAGCUGUUCACGCUUCGGGGCAGGGCCUGAGCGACGUUCCGCCGACGCUCGAGUCCGACGGGAGCUUGACGCAGGCUGAUCUGACGGCGUUGGUCGUUCAGAGGGUGGUAAGGGAUCACAUGCUCGACGCCGAGGACGAGUUCAAGCUGCUUCAACACACGCCCAUCGCUCUGUCGAAGCUGAAGGAUUACUGCGAGAACGACAAGGUCUCGGAAGCGUUGGAGGUCAUGCAGGAGAAGCACUGGAUUCAGCCUGACCCCACCAUGUACAUCGCUGCCAACGACGCGAGCGUCGUCGUCGACGUUGUCGAGACUCGGUGGGACGCGGAGAUCCGGAUACCGUGCGCAACUGGGUUCGGAGUGGUGCUGCCCCAUCCUGAUCACGCCAAUGCUGCCACGUUCAGGGAGUGGCGAGUGAACAUGCGAGUGAAGGACACGUCGUACCCGUUCAAGGGCUCUCGCGACAGCUUCCCUUUCGAUCCUACCGGGCGCCUGGUGUACUUUGGGAAGACCGGCGGGAACGCAGACAUUUACAUCGGAUGGAUUCCCAACGCCAUUCUCGACGAGAACCACAAGUGGCCCGAACACGGCAAGAAUCCCACCUCUCCGUCGAAAAAGCUCGCUCUGGCUACGCAAGCGAUGAUCACCCACUUUCUUCACAAAAGCAAGUAUCGCACCAUCAAUUGCUCGACUACUUAUCCGCCCCUGGACCACGCUAAAUUCAAGGCGGCGAGCAAUCUGUUGACGGUAUCCGCCAACACACUCUCGAUGACUCAAGAAGAGUUGGCCAGCUUCAGUCGCAGCAUGCGCGAUGGAUACCAGGCGUGGUACAACAACGCUCCUAAGGAAUACAAGGAAAUCCCGCAGAUGGUAAACUCCUUUCCCGGGGCAAUCUACAUUGAAUUCGGCCAAGACUACCCUCUGGAAGUCAACCUAGGAGCCCACCCAGAACGGCAGUGGUUGCAGCACUACAACGUCGACGAGUUUUACUCCAUGGGCUUUGCUGUUACAUCCCAUCUUCGGGCCGGAUUGAUCGAAGAGCGCACUCCGAUCCCCACCGAGAACCUAGAGGGACGUCAGCUGUACACCACGCCGGACCCACGUACAAGGGAACCGAUAGACGACAUCGCCGAUUACCCACUGUUGGACGAGUACGACGACAACCGCGAGAUCAGAGUAUACAACGAACAAGGCUACAGAGUGAACCGUCACCACUUCCAAGUGCGGGAGAUCGCCCCUGCGCUGCUGGCGAACGUCAAGGCGUCCAAGAAACUGUUUGAAGCGCCCGCUCGUACUGUGUUCGAAAUGGAGGACGACCAGGAUUUGAUCAACGACACGCCAAUCAACUACAAGGCGACGUACAACGCUUACCCUCUCGGGUUCAUGCAUUCUUGGGGGCACUGGCAAUCCGACGGGUUCACGCUCGGGCUACACAAAAAGGUGGACGAGCUGACCAAGAAGGUGUCCGCAGGGGAUGCACCCGCUAUCGUGCCGGCGUACUCACAGGGGUACAACACGGCCAUUCACCGCGCCCGGGCCAGCGCAGAGACUCACAUGGCGCAGCGUGGUCUGAUGACGACAGUGAGCAGUGGGGCGUGGGCGACUUCACCGAAGGCGAAACAGUCGGCGCAAGAUCUGUUGGACCUCGUUACGACCCGGAGCCCAGGGGAGUGGUUGGACAGCCAGUUGGAGUCCGACGAAGAGACGUUGUGGCGACAAGAAAACAACUAUGUCAUCGUGUUCUUCCGCCUGAAGGGGACCAUCAACGACGGCGCGAAGCUGUUUCUGCGCAUCAUUCGCCCGCUGGCCAAGCUCGUCACUCACCCGACGGUGUUUGACCCUAUGGUGGACUGUCUCAUCGCGAUCAAGGACAACAACUGGCCGGCGUUGCUGAAGUGGACCACGUUCCCGACGCGGUGCUGGAUCAAGGCGGUGUACGAGACGCACAUCCACAAGCACCUCGUCUCGCAACCUCAGACGCUGCCUCACCCCGUCUGGGUGGAGGUCAUCGCGAUCCUAGAUCGUUUGUUCAACUACGCGUACACCGGCGCGGCCAGGGUGUUGUGCGGUGGUGCUAUGAAGGCACUAUUCGCGACGCCCGCCGUCACCAUGCUGGGGUUCCCGAUGCUACGGGAAGACAUCGUGUGGAUCGUUCGGGGAAAACCGCGAAUUGACGCGAAGCAGUGGCCGGUGGACCAUCAAUUUAAACGGCCGCACACUGUUUCUGAAAAGGCGAUUCAGUACGCUUAUGGCGCGGAAACUGCUGCGUCAUACAUGAUACAUUUCCGUUUGCUUCUGUCCACCGAGCACACGCACUGGCUCUCGAACGACAUCCCUGGAGUGGCCGACUUUCCUCGCGUUGCCUUUAUCGCAGAGCUCAUUUACGAGGCCUUGGUCUCUGACUACGUCGAGUUCGUCAACACCGAGGUCAGCAAGGACAUCAACAAGAUUCUUAAAGACCCCAGUCAUCGCGAUCACAACUCCGUAAAGGACAGGCGUUAG